UUUCCUCAACACAAUUCACCAUUUCCAAAACAUUAAAACAAGAAUUUUCCUCCUUGAUCCUUUUUUUUUUUAUUUUUUUGCGAUUAAUUUCAGCUUAGCCAGAAAUGGGUAAAAGAAGGGCUUGGAUUUAUGCAGUCAAAAGAGCUCUCAGCUGUGACUCCAAACAAAACAGAGAGAAGAUGAACAAUGGACAGAAAAAAUGGAGAAAAUGGUUCGGAAAACAGAGGAAAAAGAAGUUAAUAAAAUCUCCAAAUGCAGAAAAAAACGGUAAAUUGAUCCAAGCCGAGAAUGAACAGAAGAGGCGAGUUCACUCUGUUGCCCUCGUGACAGCCAUGGCGGCAGAGGCGGCGGUUGCCGCCGCUCACGUGGCGGCAGAGGUGGUCCGCCUCAGAACAGCUGUCGCCACCUCAGCAUCCGGCAAGUCCAAAGAGGAAAUUGCCGCCAUCAAGAUUCAGACAGCUUUUCGAGGUUACCUGGCAAGAAGACGAUUGAGGGCUUUGAGAGGUGUCGUGAGGCUAAAAUCGCUCGUCACCGGAAAAUCUAUCAAACAACAAGCCUCCGCCACCUUGCAGUGGAUGCAGACGGUGUCUCGUCUGCAAUCCGAGGUUCGUGCAAGGAGAAUGACAAAAUUAUCAUCGAUCGAGAACUCGGCUAUCCACCGGAAAAUCCAACACAAUAGCGAAAAGGAAACUGAGAAAUCGAAAAUAUCCAUCGAAGAAAACUGGGAUGACAACUCGCAGACGAGAGAUCAGAUUGAGUCGACUCGUCGUAACCGGGAAGAGGCUGCCAUGAGACGAGAGAGGGCAUUGGCAUACGCAUAUUCGCACCAACAAACAUGGAGAAACUCGUCAAACUCGACAAACCGAACAUUCAUGGACCCGAACAGUCCGAGGUGGGGUUGGAGUUGGCUAGAACACUGGAUGUCCGCACGCCCGUGGGAAAACGAACGCAAAAGCAUGGUCAAAUCUCCUUUGACUCCGAAAUCCCGAUCAAGGCCAUCGAGCCCUAGACGAGCCAUGGUCAAAGAUGAAGACUCAAGGAGCAUCAACAGCACGCUUUCCGAGAGAUCAAGCUUGCCAGGUGUCCCGAGCUACAUGGGGUCCACUGAGUCGACUAGGGCUAAAUCGAGGCUGCCGAGCCCAUUGGGGACACCCGAAAGCGGGUCGACUAGAAAACGACUGUCUUUCUCGGGCUCGCAUAACAUCGAUGUGAAGUGAUGAAUAGUUUUUAAUUUAUUUUAUUGAAUUUUUGUACCUUUUUUUUUUUCUUUUACAAAUUUGUUGGCCAUUAUGAUGUGUUUGUGAGUAAUAAAGAAAACUGAUUUAUGGUGUAUGUUUUGCUGUUUAAUGCAGUCUAGUAUGAAGUUAGAC